AUGUCCACCACAGUCGAUAUCCCUCAAGCUCUCAAGGACAGUCUCCGCAAGUUUCGCUUUGCGAGGCGGAAAGGUGGCAAUGCUGCACUCGUCGUGAAGAUCAACAAGAAGGAGCUCAUCAUGGAGGAGGUUGAGCAGUUCGACGACAUCUCCCUCGAGGAUCUCGCAGAGGAGCUCCCCGAGGGUGCACCGCGCUACGUCGUCAUGUCCUACGAGCUCACACACGAUGACGGACGCAAGUCAUUCCCAUUAUUACUGGUCAACUGGGUUCCUCCAGCCUGCGAGAUGAGCCUUCUGACACUGCAUGCCAGCGGUCUGAAUAACUUUCAGAACACGGCGGACGUGGGUAAAGUGCUGGAAGUGCGCGAUGGCGCUGAAGGCCUCACUACGGAGGCGAUGGAUGCGAUGCUCAAGAAGGCAUGA